AUGACACUUCAGGAUGAUUUGUCACGCUCGAGGAACGCUGAAGAGAGACAAGAAACUGAGACAUUCGAAUUGAAAAAGAAAAGUCCUGGCUAUUAUUUGUACAUACUCCAAAGAGAGAACGCGCUUGCGGGCGUUUACGGUUUAGCGCGCUGCCACCCGUCGUGCGCAUGGUCCGUGCGCACAUCUCCCAUCCUUUAUAACCGUGCGUCGGACAUCCUGAUUCUGCAUACUUACCUUGAUGGGUCGUGCCCCUUCACGUACCUGGGUGCGUCGGCGGUUGGGCUCUUCCAUUGCACGGCGACCUUGUCCCCAGAGGAGCCUGGUCGUUUGUACGGUCCUAUGGGCCGUGCACCGUCUAAAUAUUUUCCUGUCCCACUCCGGCCCUCGGGCUGGGUGGGCCAUCUUUUUUGUCGGUUUUCGGCGCUAACCCUAACCCUAUUUACCUAUAUAUGGCAAUUUACCUCAUGGUUUACCUCCUGA